AAAAUCCUAAGAGAGAAUCAGAUAAAAUAGUUUAUAACCUCCACAACUUGAAAGAAAUUGCAUGAUAUUCGGAUAUGGCAAUCUUCCGAACAAGUUUGCUUCUGUUUCUAAUACUCUUCUGUCUCACCACAUAUGAGCUUCAGGUUCAUGCCACUGAAACCGCACAAGGCGGUGAAGGCGCAGUUAAAAUAGAUUGCAAUGGGAGAUGCCAAGGGAGAUGCAGCAAAUCGUCGAGGCCGAAUCUGUGCUUGAGAGCAUGCAACAGUUGUUGUUCACGCUGCAACUGUGUGCCACCUGGUACACACGGAAACCACCAUCUUUGCCCUUGCUAUGCCUCCAUUACCACUCGUGGUGGCCGCCUCAAGUGCCCUUGAAUCUAUGUGUAUGUAUUUGUGCGGAGCUAUGUCUUUGAAGGACAAUAAUACGUAGACUGUGUUUUCUGUAUUUAAAUUAUGAAGGUCUCUGCAUGCUUAUGGCUUAAUCUUCCAUGUGUUUAGUCAACUAUAGCAUACGUGCUGUCCCGGAUAUUUUGGAAGCUUAAAGCAUUUCAAAAGAAUAUAUCUCUUAUUAGAUAAUAAUAAUAAAACGGCUGAAAAUCACUAUUUAUCGUUGCUCUCUAGGAGAUUUCUUUCUGUAGCCUUUUCCGUA